CUCUGCCUCCCGGUCUCUCCUCGCAAUCCUCCCAUCGCUCUCGCCCCCUCUCCCUCCGUCCGGUCCUCUGCGCUCCCCUCACCCCGCCUCUCUCCCCCUCUCCCAGCCCCUCCUCUCCUCACCCCACCCUGCCUCCCUCCCUCCCUCCUCCCGCCCGGCGCUGGCUGAGCCGACACCAGGGGGGCUCUCGAUGUAGCACCAUGACAGGCAUCGCCGCCGCCUCCUUCUUCUCUAAUACCUGCCGAUUCGGGGGCUGCGGACUCCACUUCCCCACCCUGGCCGACCUCAUCGAGCACAUCGAAGACAACCACAUCGAUACGGAUCCACGUGUUUUAGAAAAACAAGAAUUACAGCAGCCAACCUAUGUUGCCCUCAGUUACAUUAAUAGAUUCAUGACAGACGCUGCCCGCCGAGAGCAGGAGUCCCUAAAGAAGAAGAUUCAGCCGAAGCUCUCGCUGACCUUGUCCAGCUCCGUGUCUCGAGGGAAUGUGUCCACGCCGCCUCGCCACAGCAGCGGAAGCCUUACUCCUCCUGUGACUCCGCCCAUCACCCCCUCCUCUUCAUUCCGCAGCAGCACUCCAACCGGCAGCGAGUACGACGAGGAGGAGGUGGAUUACGAGGAGUCGGACAGCGACGAGUCCUGGACCACAGAGAGCGCCAUCAGCUCCGAGGCCAUCCUCAGCUCCAUGUGCAUGAACGGCGGCGAGGAGAAGCCCUUCGCCUGCCCGGUUCCCGGAUGUAAGAAGAGGUACAAGAAUGUGAAUGGCAUAAAGUACCAUGCUAAGAAUGGCCACAGAACACAGAUUCGUGUCCGCAAACCAUUCAAGUGUCGUUGUGGUAAGAGUUACAAGACAGCUCAGGGCCUGCGGCACCACACAAUCAAUUUCCAUCCCCCGGUGUCGGCUGACAUUAUCAGGAAGAUGCAGCAGUAACAUGCUGGUCAUAACUGUGCCAAGAAAUCCUCACCAGCAGUUGCUGAUUUUGAAAACAGCCACCUUUUUUUCAGGGGAAGCAUUCAGCAACCCUUUAAAGAAUAAAUGCAUGCUUUAAAUUUUUUCUGUAACUUUGGAAUGAUGUAUCUUUGUAGAGUUAAUGAUUUUGUACAUUUGCACAUGUAAUCAUCAUACCCAUUUUCAUUACUUUGAUAUAAGGUGCUAAACAAAAAAAGCUCUAGGUUUUUCAGCACAUUUCCCCCAAAACAAGACAGAAAUUGAGGGCAUGUUGCGUAUCGUUUAGCUGUGUUGCAGUGAUAUCAGUUGCGGGGGAGGAGGGGCUGGCACUGAGGGGUUUUCCCCCAAGGUGAUAACGUGAUUGGUUGAACUCAACACAUCAACUCAUUGUGUUCAAAACCAAAAUAAUACCUUCACUGUCAAACUGGUUACCAUGCCUUACAUAAUGGAGUGAGUUAGUACCUGUGACUAGAAAGACUUUAGGUAACGGAAAUAUAAAUAAGAAAGAAUGUUUAACAUAAUAUGCUAAAAAUAUUUUCAUAUUUAAAUAACAUGCAUAAAAGGUGUGCUUUCUGUGUUUUAUAUUAUCUUGCAAAUCCUUUUGACCUUUAAAAAGCUGAAAAUCUUGCCAUGUGACUUACCAAUCAUUUUAGUGUUACAAAUGGCAUUUUUGUACAAAAAGUCUAUUCAGUUCACUCAUUAACACACAUUCAUUGAGUGCCUGCUAGGUGCAAGGGAUUCAGUUUAUGCCUAUUGAUGUCUGUGGACCAAGAUACCAGUUUAGUGAAAUACUUUCCCCUGAAAUCUGUUAGGAAACACUUUGAAAUACUUAAGUGCAAAUUUUGUGUGUGUGAAAUUUAGUUCUAUCUAUCUUCAUCUUUAGGUGAAGUUUUAAAGCACUUUGUCGUUCUCUAUUGCCAACAGAUGUGAUGUUUUAUGUGUUGCCAGUUCUUGCAACCACUGCCCUAACAACCUGCGGGUUGCAGAUAAGAAUUAAAAUGCCAAGCGCGUUUCAAAGAGGAGCGUUUUGUUAAGACCCCUGUCGCCUCCUCAUGCUCAUUGUGUUUUCAGACUUUUUUUAAAGGCACUUUUUCCAUCACAUUGUAGAUGUCUGUAUUCCCACUGGAAAUGUCUGUUUAGCUUUGUAAGACAUUUUGCUGAAAUAUGAAAUUGAGCCUUAUUGACAGGUAAGUGCUUCUUGCAGCAGGUGGUCAAAGAGUGACUAAUACGUGACCCAUUAGAGUAUAACCUAUGUCUGGACCAUUCCUAAAGUUUUUCUUACCAACAGUACCAUCAUGCCUUGAGUGUUCAUUUCUCCCAAGUGCUAUUCCUUAAACAUGAGUUUACCAAUUGCCUAAUUAUGCAAUAAAAAUUGCUUUGAGAUGGCUAACUAACUGCCCACAAAACUGAUGAAAAUCAAACUCGAAAUGCUUGUAAAAUAACUUUCUUCCCGUGUUUCCAUUUGUUGAAAGUCUUACAGAUGGAAAGCAGGUGUUCCUCCUCAAUUUUUCAGACCUUUUGAAAGGAAGACAAUUCUGUUAGCCAGAUGGGUAAGCUUCUAUUAAUACACUCUUAAAUUGUGAAUCCCUCAUAAUGAGGGAUUCAAAAGUUAUUUAUAAAGACACUACCUGCUAAAAAUGUCCUCAGAUCUCUGAAGAAUAGUCUUGGUCCUGAAUAUACAGUGUUAUCCUUUAUGUUUUAAAGGGUGAUACAGACAUGAGAAGCCACUAGUUGGUGCAUAAGAAGGCCCUACUUGGCUAUUUCAUAUCUACCUAGAAUUGACCAAAAUUUUUUUUAGGCCAGCAAUUAUUAUUUAGCUUCGCUCCUUCUAGUGCAAGAAACUGUAGGCUGGAUCAGUAGUUCAACAGCUAAACAGUCAUAAAAUAGUCAUUGUGCAUGUUAAAUUUCUUUCAACUAUAAAAAUUUCCAGUUUCUAUUUACUUAUUCAUUGUGACAGUAUUACUAAACAAACAGGUAAGGAUGGGAAUAUUUUGUUAUAACGUGUAUAGUGAAUGUACUGUACUGUGUCUGUGAAAACUGUGCUUUAAAUUAUAUUUUCCUAUGUUUUGUUCAGGACAGAGCACAUUAAGUUUGAAAGCAACAGAGGUUUGUUUUAGAACUGAAGGCAACUUAAUGAAACAAAAUUGCUGUCAAGAAAAGCUGCUUAUAAAUGUAAAUGAUAUCACAUUUAAAAUAAACUGCCUCUGACCCCAAAUAAA